AUGCAGCCAAGUGCUCAGACCUGGGCUCUGCCCCAUCCCAGCCAAGUGCCCACACCUGGGCUCUGCCCCAUCCCAGCCAAGUGCCCACACCUGGGCUCUGCCAGCUCCACCCCACCCCAGAACUGCCCUCUGGAGCUCUCAGUCUGUGCAGUCUGUGCUGCUCAUCUGAAUCAUCUCACUACAACAGGAGGGGAGCACAGGGCAGACACAGAUAUCUGUUCCCAGACACCUGAGUGUAAAAUACUCACAAAGCUUUGGAGAGACCAAAGACUGGGGGCCAAGAAAUCCACUGGUGAUUUGUGUUCACUUUUCCAGACUCUACAGAGGAGAAAGACUUUUAUCUUGCUUUUAAAACCUCUCAAAAUGAUCAUGAGAGAUGACAGACAACACAGACUUGCUAGGCACCACUGCUGGCUUUGGGACAGUUUGCUACAUCAGCAGUCAAUCCCUGAAAUGACAAUAGGAUACCAGAGAGGGGUACAGAAUUUUGCUUCCACCAGAUUUAGUUUGAAGAUGCUGAGGGACACAGCAAGAUGCCUUUUGUGCAGGUCUGGAAGGUCUUUGAUCACAGUCCAUUCCCUAAUUGAACUCCAGAGAAUAAAACUGCUCUCUCUUUCUGCCUGUUGCCUUUUGCACCCAUCAGAAAUCCAAGCAGAGGGAGAUCUGUAGAGCAGCAUCUCAGUCAGCAUGUGUCACCAGGAGACCUGGCCACAAAGGCAGUCUGCCUCCAAGUUAUUUAAGGGACAGCCCUGGAAGAUGAUGUGUAUUACCUCCUCAGAUUUUCUUCAAGUUGUGAGCUUUGAAUCACUGCUAAGAGGCUGGAAAAUUGCAUCAGAAAAGCCUCUCAGGGAAAGGGAAGCACUGAAGAAAGAUGGAGAAGAAAGUGCAAACUACAGACUAAAACCUGCCCUCUGCUGCAUCAGAUGCAUGAGACUACAAAGUGUAUGAAUAUAAUCCAAGAGAAAUUGAGUUCAUCCAGCAUCUGAAUGCCUUGAUGGACUAAAACUUCAUCUGGGGACAUCCAACAGCACUCCAAGGCCUUAACAGCCCUGAGUAAGAAAACUGAGUAGCUGUAAUAAUACAUAAAAGCGUAUGAACCAUCUGAAUGGAAGAUUUCCUUGGACUAAGUGAGGAAUGCCCCAGUUUCAUUUGAUUUCUUGCAGUAGGUCUGGGAGGUUUUAGAGCCCAGACAUUCCCGGGCCCAGGAGCAGAGAUGCCUUCAACUCUGGGAUUUGCUGUGGUUUCAU